AUGUCGCCCCUGCCGUCCGGCCUCGGGCGGCCGCGGAGUCCACGCGCGGAGAAGCCCGGGGAUGUUCUCGCGAGAGGAGAGGGGGCGCGGGGCGCUGCGGGCUCGGGGGGCGCGGGGAAGCCUGAGGACAAGGGCCGGACUGGGAGGGGAGCCGAGGCGGCGGGCAGGACCGGGGACGCGGGGAAGCCGCUCCCGCCAGUCGCCGAGAGCCAGCCCCUGACGUCAGGAGUUUUCCUUAAAGUCAACAACAAGCCCCGCGGCGGCGGCGGCGGCGAGCACGGCGGCGGCAAAGGGCGGGGCAAGCGGCUGGACAUCCAACCGAAACCCGGCGGCUUCCAGCCCGCGCCCCGCGGCGGCGGCGGCGGCGAGCAGGAGACGCAGGAGCUGGCCUCGAAGCGGCUGGACAUCCAGAACAAGCGCUUCUACCUGGACGUGAAGCAGAACGCCAAGGGCCGCUUCCUCAAGAUCGCCGAGGUGGGCGCGGGCGGCUCCAAGAGCCGCCUCACGCUGUCCAUGGCGGUGGCCGCCGAGUUCCGCGACUCGCUGGGCGACUUCAUCGAGCACUACGCGCAGCUCGGGCCCAGCAGCCCCGAGCAGCUGGCGGCGGGCGCCGAGGAGGGCGGCGGGCCGCGGCGCGCGCUCAAGAGCGAGUUCCUGGUGCGCGAGAACCGCAAGUACUACCUGGACCUCAAGGAGAACCAGCGCGGCCGCUUCCUGCGCAUCCGC